AUGGUGAACCAUGCCAUUCGAGAUUUGCUCAAGUAAGUCAAAUCCAUUCGAAAGCUGCCGUUAAAUGCUGAAAAGUGUUGAAAAUUCUAAAUUUUCAGUCAUUUUCAAAAAAAUUAGAAAAUGAGCGGCUUUUCCCGCUUUUUUGACAUAAAAAUGGGAUGUUGCGUUAUAAUAAGCUUCAAAUUUAUUGAAACAGUUUGAAGAGAAAGUUCUUUAUAGCGGACCCGCCUAUGAGGGCAGAAAAGAACUUUUUGUGUGCAAAGUUCCGGAUCGCAACAAAAGAAACCAUCCGUGCGAUUUUAUCGGAAGCCUCAGUGCGGUUCUGGCGCAUUUGGCACAGCAUGUGUAAGGCUUUUUGUUGUUUUUCCAUUAAAAAGCAAUUCUCAGACCUGUACUUCGCUGGAAAUGCGGCGUUUGCGAUCACAAAGUCGCCGAUCGAGUGGAACUCAUACCGCACCGUCAAGGACGAUUUCGGUGCUUCUCGGUAAUUUUUUUCCCCUAAGCACCCCCAAAAUGAAUAAAUUUCCAGACCGAAAAAUCAGAUGUUCCAAAUGAAAAAUACAAUCGGAACGACGAAGUCGAUUUUUGGAAGAUGAAAAAUGUUUUUAUUCGUGUGGCAAGUGAGGUCGAAAAAGAAGUGCAUUUGCACACAAAAAAGAUGAAACCGACAGCACGGAAAGUUUCGGGAACGCCCGGAUACGGAGAUUCUGACGACGACGGCGACGAGAAUCGUCAAAUUGUGGUAUAUCGGGUUCAGCGUCUGAUUCUAGUGAUUUUCUACAAUUGUACUGACAAAAUUGAUACUAACGUGAUGAACAAUAGUCAAAAUAGCGAGAAUGAGAAUAUGGGAAUACAACCUACAGCAGAAGUUCCCAGUUGAACUCGUUAUCCAUCUUCCAGUAUACUUUCAGUCAAUUAUCGAUCUUUACCUGUUACAAUUGAAAGUAACUAAAAUUAGACACUGAAAACAAUUUAUUCCAGAAAAUUCCUCCGCCGAAGCCCGCCGAAAUUCCGUCCGCACCCGCCUCGAAACCACAUUUAUUCUCUCAAAAAGCGUUGGAAGCCAUCGGAACGCUCCGUCCACCGCCACGACCCGAACCUCGAUUGGUAGGAUGCUUUUUAAAUCUUUUUCCGGCUAAUUUAGUGUUGUUGAAUUGUCAGUUGCUUUCAUUUGUUUAAGCUGAAAAAAUGCUUCUGAAAAUCUAUUUUUCAGCCUCCCAGCACACCAGCCAAACCGGAACGAUCGAGGGCACGGACUCCACGAUCGCGUGCCAAAGACACGCCGACCGGGUGAGCGGGCAAUUUGAAAUUUGCACAAAAAAUUCGAGUCUGUUUUGUUGUUGUUUCUGCUUCUUUCGCACGCAAAUCGCUGUUCUCUCGCCCCCUUUGCUUUUCAUAAGCAAAUUCUGAAUCAACCGAAUCGCUCACCGAGGCCUGUGAUCGAUCGAUUUUUCAAUAAUUUUCAGAACGUUCUCGCUGAAAGUGGACACGCCGGCAAUUGUGGGCCAACGGCGUCCGAGCACUGUGAGCUACCUAAGCAGAGGACGGUCCCCGAUCCGACCGGCCGAAGAAGAGGAGUAUGAAGGUAGUUGUUUUUGAAUUUUACGAAAAAAAUAAUGGAUUUUGCAGAAAUAAAUCAGCUCAAAGACCAAUUUGCAAUACAAUCGCGUCCGACGGUCAAAGUGCCGAAUCGGAUGAAUCGCGGAGCCGCACUGCUCGAGCAGCCGAUUGGGUAAUUUUUAUGAAAAAAUGUCUCAAAAUUCCUCUGAUUUUCCACUCUUUCAGACCAUCCCACACACAUCCAAAAAGACGAACAAAAGCGGAGAUUAUGGAAAUUUCGCGGAAAGCUCUCAAAAAAUGCGGAAGAACGGACGCAGAGAUUGAGGAGUUUUUCAAAAUGAAAGGAUACACUGAAGAAGCGGCGGCUCCAGAAGUACCGAACAUUCGGAUAUUGCCCGAACACGAGAAACAGCCGGUCGAAUCGAUUCCGCUGCCGGAAAAGUCGCCAAUUGAGGAAGAACGGAGGGCUAGACGACGUUCGGUGUCGAGAAAACGAUCGAGAAGCCCGAGUGUGAAACGACGCCGAUCCUGCUCAAAAACCUCCAGAAAACGCUCGCCGAAUCCGUCACUUAUCGAAGAAUAUCAAAGAACUCUCCCCUUUAACUACAAUUCCUCGUUUUCGAGAGAUCGAGGAUGCGGAACGAAGUAAGCUUUUUUGAACACAUGUUUUCUAACAUUCAUAAAACAUGAAUACUAGAGAUGUUUGUUGGAGUUCUUGAAACAAACACAUAAUAUAUUUUUAGUAACUUCAACGGUCCAUCGACGUCAUCUGGAAGUGCUCAGCCCGGAUCUUCGGGUCCGAAUCGAUACGAACGGCGCCAGGAGACUCCGAAAAAGAAGGCCGAGCGAAGAUAUUAA